UCUUGAUGUUUCUUCAAUUCACGUGCUUAUGUGAUAUCUGAAUCCUUGCUGAUUAUUCAACGUUAUGGGUUUUGAAUUAAACUGGUCAUUUCUGGGCGGUAGAGAACAAAAUGCACGUUUUUUUUUAAAGUUUGGAAUGCCCAGUUCCUAGGUGGUCAGACUGCUGGUCUUAUAACUCUUUCAGUACAUUGAUACAGUAACUAUAUUGUAGUAGAUUCAAGUAAUUGAAGAAAAGUUAGUUUUCCUCUUUCAAUAGUAUUGGACAACUAGUCAAAAUGUCAUUAAUCUAUGGAACCAUGUAUUUGCUCUUUCUCUUCAAUUACGCUGUCUUGGCAUUAGGCUAAUAGUGGGAUUUUGCUUUGAACUUUAUAAUGGAAAACUCUCUACUAAAAAAAUCAAGGGUUAAUAUUUAUUCUUUCAACUCUUCCUAUCCAUAGUUCCAUGCGUGUAUGUGUAUGUGCGAUGAAGUACUUACUGCUCACAAGGGGCACAUUGGACUGAUUCUAUGCUUUUUGGUUGAAUCUGAAGUUGAUGCUAUGUUGCAAUGCCAAAGGCAACAGUGGCCUUCAAGAGGUCUUGGCCUUAGGUAGGAUGGCUUAGUGACGAAGAAAAGUUAGAAUUAAUAAGAUUGAGCUCAUGUAGGUUGUUGGUGGCAUUUUCUGACUAAGCCGUCAAACUCUCUUCCUUUUCCCCUUUCCUCUUUCUAGGAAAAGCAAGGAAAAUCAAGUUCAACUUGGUUUUCCCUCUUCUUGACUAGGUCUGUCCACUCAUGAUUUUACAAGAUUGACUGAAUUGAUGACCUUUCGGUUCUCAAUCAAGCUGGCCAAAUCCCAACAAUGCAUUUGUAUAUAAAAAUGACUCAAUGAUGUUAUAUCUUCCUUGACCUUAAUAUAGUCCUUAGUAUUACUAAUCAUGCAAGUGCAACUUUAAGCCUCCCAAGUCAUGUUGCUAAUUUUUUUAUCUUUAUAUUUUCACCCAAGUUUCCCAAAUGAUUAAGAUCUUUUAACCUGCUAUUUUCUCAUAUCCUCUCGAUAGAGAACUUCACAUCAGGUCUCCAUCACUUUGAGAUCUAUCAAUGGUUUUUAUGUUUGAUGUUACAUUUAUAUUUUUCAGGUUCUCUUACUUGUACCAUAUCGAUUUCUGUUGCAUGAAGCAAUUAAAGUGCAUAUGCAGCUUCAACUUUGAUAAUAUUGUUUCCUUUGGAAAUUUAGUCAAGAAAUAAUGUAUAUGUCCAUUAACGUGGUGAGAAUUGAACUUUAUUGUUAGCAUUCCUUCACACUUCACUGUAUUUCAUUAUGUUCUUAAAUCUCACCAUUUGCUAAUAUAUAAGGAACUAUAUCUUAAAUGGAUGUGUAUGCACCUGAAAAAUGAUAUGACCUGAUUUAGAUUUAUUGAUCCUGUGUUUCUGGAUUCCAGAUAAUUCCCAUUUCUGAAUUGUUAAUUUGCUGCACAUGAUUGACAUGCAAGAAUGUGAAGGAUAUUAAAACAAGCUUUUUAUGUGUGAUUGAGCUUUAAAAGAUAAGUUCAGGGAGUAGAACUUGGAACCUUUUAAUGAUAUACGAUAAUUAUGGUAGCUGGACGUGGGUACAACUUCUUCGUCUACUAUUUCCUCUUUCUCUAGUGUUGUGAUGUUGAGAUUCUUCUGUUGUUAACGUAUUUUUCAAUUUAAGAUGGACAGUUCUUUUCCGUUAUGCAUACAUUGCUAACUACGAGUUUUUGACUUUUGCAUGCAAUGAAGUUUGACAUGAUAUUCAUUUGUGCUUACAAUAAGGCUUGAACUAGUGCAGUCUGCCUGUUGUUCUAACUUAUGAAUGCUUUACUACACAUCAUUUAUUAGACUUGCACGGUCACCUUCUCCAUGGGAAGAGAAAUCCAGGUCAAGAUCCAGAUCUAGGUCUAGAUCAUGGUCAAGACAAAGGACCAGGUCAAGAUCAAGAAGUUGUGGAAGGGAUGAAGACGUUAAUCCUGGUCAUACACUUUAUGUGACUGGCCUAUCUACGAGGGUAACUGAAAGAGAUCUUGAAGAUCAUUUCUCCAAGGAGGGAGAGGUGAAAUCAGUAUUCUUGAUUGUGGAACCACGAUCUCGCAUCUCUCGUGGUUUUGCUUUUAUAACUAUGGAUUCUGUUGAGGAUGCCAAUCGCUGUAUCAAACACCUUAAUCAAUCAGUUCUUGAAGGCAGAUACAUUACAGUGGAGAAGAAGACGUUGUGUCAGCUAUGUUGGGAGCAAUCAAAGAUGAUGAAUCAAUCCAUUGCAACAAUUAAAUCAAAAGCUUGAUCAAUGGCCAGCUAAAUCAUCUUUUCACUUGCAUCUGAUGAACAAAAUAGCAACUAUAUUGCCCAACAACCAUACAAUCUCGGCAAAUUCUUUCAACUCUCUACUAAUCGAGGGUCAUUGUCAGCAUUCUAAUCAUGCUCUAUGGUAUCUCAACUGGGCAAUGGUUUUUAUUUUUGCACCCAUUUUAUUUGCUGGAUUAACCACCAAAAUAGCAAAAAAUGCUACUAUUUCUGUUAACUGGUCUGGUAUAUGUGCUUCCUGAACUUGCGAAUCCAUAUGAGAGAUGGAGGCUUUUUUUUUUCUCUUUUGCUUUCUGUUGUGGCCACGUUUUCUGGUAAUAAGAUUCUCUCGUGUGCAAUAUUUUACAUGAACGCGUGUAUUUUGGCUAUGUUACAUGUACAUUGUUUGUUAUGUAAGCCAUAUGUUGUGCUCUUAUUAGAUGUGAGACUUUGUAUUUGUAUUUUUUCAGUCCCGGAGGAAACAUGCAAGGACUUUGGCUCCUGGUCACUAUCUUGGGCUCAAAAGCACCCGAGGUUCUCGUGGUAACCGGUAUCUUGGAGGCUCUGGGCGUGAUGAUUAUGGUUAUCGGAGGUCUCCUAGGUCGUCGCCCUAUAGAGGUGGACGUGAUUACUCUCCUAGGCCUUCAUCCUACUAUGGAGGUGGAUGUGAUUACUCUCCUAGGCCUUCAUCCUAUAGAGGCGGACGUGAUUACUCUUUUAAACGUUCACCUCAUGGUGGGAGAUCAAGAAGGGAUAGGUCCAGAUCAUAUUCUCCUCGAUGCAGUCCUGAAAGGAACUAUGCACGUGGUUCUAGGUGAAAAUAUGCUUCAAACUUUUCAUUUUGAAAAUGAACGUUUAUUUAUGAUUUUCUACAGUGAUUUUUUUGGAUUAUGUUUGAAGAGGCUUCUCCAGUUAUGGUUUGAUGCAUGUUGUUUGUCAUGUUCUCUAACAAACUCCUAGAGUUUGUGCGCAACUCUCAAAAACACUCUUAAAAGAGUGUAACAUUAGUUUGUGAUGUAAUUGGAAUACUGGUUUGUGUAGUUGCUUGUCAUGUUAUUUUGCAAUCUUAUAGCUGUUUGGGUGAACCCAUUGGAAUUUUGUUA